AUGCCGCAUCCCUACGCUGUCCUGCAUGCAGGCACCGAGGAUUGGCCAGAUGGUGCUCUGCUGCUCGAUCGCGAGCGUAUCCCCGAGCGCGUCGUCCAUGCCAAAGGUGGUAGUGCACACGGUGUCUUCACAUACACGCGCCCAAAUCCAGAACUCAGCAGAGCCAAGCUUUUCAGCGAGGCGGGCAAGAAGACGCCCAUCACAGCGCGCUUCUCGACUAUCGACGUGGGACCGCAAGAAUUUCCACUCCACGAGCUUGGUCAGCUUGAGCUAAAUAGGAACGUCCCGAACAACUUUACCGAGAUCGAGCAGAAUGCUUUCAACCCUUCUCACCUCGUUCCGGGCCUGGAAUCAUCCGCAGACCCUCUCCUUCAGUCACGCUUGUUCUCCUACCCUGAAACGCACCGCCACUGCAUCGGCCCCAACUACCAGCAGCUGCCAGUGAACAUACCUUCUGCCAUCAAGCACACUAGCGGCAUGUACAACUUCCAGUGCGACGGUGCUUCCACGUUCCUCAAUCAGGGUGCGCGUCCGAUCCAUCUUUCGUCACUUGAUCCACCGCACUUUAUUGCACCCGACUACGAGCCCUACCGCGUCGCAGAAGCCCAAGACGGUCACGCGACCUUGUUCCUCUCCGGUGUCAGCCCACAGGACUUUGUCCAGCCGCGCGAGCUAUACUGCCGCAUAUUCAACGACACGCAGAGUGAGAUGUUCCUCAAGGAUGCCAGCCGGCACAUGUCCACAAGCACAAGCAAAGAUGUGCUCGCGCGCCCCAUCUCGGUCUUCCACCAGGUCGGUGUGCCUCUCACAGCGCAAAUCGCCAAAAAUGUCAGCGUGCAGAGUUACGAGAAGGAUCUUGCCAAGAUGCGCUUCAUGGGCAGUCACAACCAUAGCGCUGGCUUGUCGACUCAGCAGAUGAUCGCCGAGCUUUACCCGCAAAAGUACUAUAGCAACGGCAAAGGUGCGCCUCCCAGUAAUAGUAAAUUUGACAAAGGCUACGCAAAGAGCAACGGAAAACCCAAAUUCACUCCCAAUGACAGUGUUGCAGGUGAGUACAAUCCGCGCCGCAAGCAUCAGGAGCCAACCUCUCCUCUCGCCAAGGUGAAGCAAACUUUGAGCUAA